UCGAGAGAGACUCGUCAUCGAUUGCGCGCGCGCGCGAGGCGCAGCACUCGGGGAAUUGCUCGCUCGCUCGCAAAGUUUCUCUGGAGGUAGGUAGAUAGGUAGGCCGCGUAGCCGCGCCACACCAUCGCCGCGCGAUCGCCUCCUCGUCCUCGCGGCCCGCAGCGGAAGAGAAACGUUACGCGCUCGCGAUUUUCGAAUCGAACGAGAGCGAGCGAGAAAGGAGGCCGAGAGGGAAAGGGAGGGAGAGACAAACAGACGGACGUAGGUGCGGACCUGCCGAGGCGUCAUCGUCGCCCGUCGCGCCUGCCACCCAAAGUGGGCCUUGUGGCCCAGGAUCAGGCCAGUCGGUCUAUAAACCUCAACCAGCCAGCCACUCAUCGGCCGCCGCCAUCUUGCUGCUCGACGAGAGAACGGUGACAGACACGGGCCUGCUGCUAUCGGAGCAGAGCGGAGCGGAGUAGCGGAGGUAGGAGGGGAAAGCGAGAAGGAGACAGAUAUAAGUGGACGACGGUCCCUUCAUGCGGUACGCGCCUAUGCCAUCCCGUCGCCUAUGCCUCGCUCCAUGCACAAUCGCAGCCGAGGAUAAUCAGAAGCAACGCAGAACAGCCUAAGAAGAGGAGGUGGUGGAGGAGGAGGAGGAGGAGGUGGAGGAGGAGGUGGUGGUGGUAAAGAAGAAGAGUAGUAUCGGUCGCGCCGAUACCAGAGUCGAGUGCUAGGUACACACAGAUCUACACGUACACACAUAGACAAAGGCGCGCGCGCGCGCACCUUCGUCAUCGUCUCACCGUCGUCGCCUCCACUCGCAAUGGCAAUGGAGACGCCGAGGGAGCGAGAGAUCGCUGCCGAGGACAGCAUCAAGGUGGUCUGUAGGUUUCGGCCGCUGAACGACUCCGAGGAGAAGGCCGGCUCCAAGUUUAUCGUCAAGUUCCCGUCCGGUAACGACGAGAACUGCAUCUCCAUUGGGGGCAAAGUAUACCUCUUUGAUAAAGUAUUUAAACCAAACGCCACGCAAGACAAAGUUUACAAUGAGGCCGCAAAGUCUAUCGUCACAGAUGUUUUGGCAGGAUAUAACGGAACCAUUUUUGCAUAUGGUCAAACAUCGUCAGGUAAAACGCACACGAUGGAGGGAGUCAUCGGUGAUCCUAACAAACAGGGCAUAAUCCCGAGAAUCGUCAAUGACAUCUUCAAUCACAUAUAUGGCAUGGAGGAGAACUUGGAAUUCCAUAUCAAAGUAUCGUACUUUGAGAUUUACAUGGAUAAAAUCAGGGAUCUUCUCGAUGUAUCUAAAGUUAACUUAAGCGUACACGAAGACAAAAACCGGGUGCCGUUCGUGAAAGGCGCGACCGAGCGGUUUGUUUCUAGUCCUGAGGAAGUGUUCGAGGUGAUAGAGGAGGGCAAGUCAAACCGGCACAUCGCCGUGACCAACAUGAACGAGCACAGCUCACGUUCCCAUUCCGUUUUCCUUAUAAAUGUUAAACAAGAGAAUUUGGAGAAUCAAAAGAAACUCUCCGGCAAGUUGUACCUCGUCGAUUUAGCCGGUUCCGAAAAGGUUUCUAAAACCGGUGCAGAGGGAACGGUGCUAGAUGAAGCGAAAAACAUCAACAAAUCUCUGUCUGCACUUGGUAACGUAAUCUCGGCCUUGGCUGACGGCAAUAAGACUCACAUUCCUUAUCGUGACUCUAAGCUAACAAGAAUCCUACAAGAAUCCUUGGGUGGCAACGCCAGGACCACAAUCAUCAUUUGUUGCUCUCCCGCUAGUUUUAACGAAUCCGAAACGAAAUCAACUUUAGAUUUCGGUAAACGCGCCAAGACUAUCAAGAACGUUGUAUGCGUGAAUGAGGAAUUGACGGCCGAAGAAUGGAAGCGCCGUUACGAACGUGAAAAGGAUAAAGUGGCGCGAUGGAAGGGCAAAGUGGACAAAUUGGAGGCAGAAUUGUCACGUUGGCGAUCUGGUGAGACUGUUAAACCAGAGGAGCAGGUUAGCCUGAUUGAAGGACCAGAUGUUACCACACCGAUCACCGCAUCUAUUGAAGUCAAACUAGACGACAGUCCGAUGCCUGCUACUCCCGGCGGCGGUCUCAUGAUUGGUUCGCUUUCAAACGAGGAGAGGCAGAAGCUUGAGGAGGAACGCGAAAGGCUGUAUCAACAAUUGGACGACAAGGACGAGGAGAUCAAUCAGCAGUCACAGUAUGUCGAGAAACUGAAGGAGCAGAUGGAGGAACAGGAGGAACUUAUCGCCAGCGCAAGACGAGAUUACGAACAGUUACAACAGGAGAUGAAUCGAAUACAACAGGAGAACGAGAGCGCUAAGGAAGAGGUGAAGGAGGUGCUGCAAGCGCUGGAAGAGCUUGCAGUUAAUUACGAUCAAAAGUCGCAAGAGGUCGAGCUGAAGAACAAAGAACAGGAGUCAAUGUCGGAGGAGCUUCUAGCUAAACAAGUAGCUCUGAACAACACCGCAUCCGAGCUACAACAGUUACGCGAUAUGUCGACCCAUCAGAGGAAACGUAUCGCGGAAAUGCUAGCGAAUUUCCUGAAAGACUUAGGAGAGAUUGGUGUAGCUAUUGGUGGCGAGUCUAACGAAAAUCUAAAGAUCUCUCCGCCGGAGAGCAACGGUAAACUGGAGGAGGAAUUUACAGUGGCGCGACUGUUCAUAAGCAAGAUGAAGUCUGAGGUGAAGAAUAUGGUCCAGCGAUGUCAGGGAUUGGAAACCUCCCAAGUAGACUGCAACAAGAAAGUUUCCGAGUACGAGAAGGACUUGGCCGAAUGCCGACUGUUGAUAUCGCAACACGAGGCCCGUAUGCAAACGCUAACGGAAUCUAUGAAGGAAACCGAAGCGCGCAAGCGAGCUCUGGAAGAGGACGUGGACGCGUUGCGCGAGGAAUGCGCCAAGCUGAAGGCCGCCGAACAAGUACAAGCGGUUACCAACAAGGAGAAGGCCGAGGAGAAGGAGGCGGCAACGAAGAUGCGAGUGGCCUUGGAGGAGCAGAUGGAUCAGCUGAGGGAUGCGCAUCAGAAACAGGUUGCCGCGCUCAGGGAUGAACUGUCUGAGAAGCAGGAACUGAUUAGCGAGCUCAAAGAUCUCAAUCAGAAGUUCACUCUGGCGCAUCAGCAGAUGCAGGCCGAUUACGAACGGUUGAAGCAAGAGGAGGCUAACAAAUCGGUUAAACUGCAGGAGCUUUUGUUGUUGAACGAGCGCCGAGAACAAGCAAGGAAAGAUCUCAAGGGUUUGGAGGAUACGGUAGCCAAAGAACUGCAGACCUUGCACAAUCUGCGCAAAUUGUUUGUCCAGGACCUGCAGGCUAGAAUAAAGAAGACCAUUAACGCGGAGGAUAACGAAGACGAUGGCGGUUCUCUUGCACAAAAACAAAAGAUAUCCUUCUUGGAAAAUAACCUGGACCAGUUGACGAAGGUGCACAAACAGCUCGUCAGAGAUAACGCAGACCUUCGCUGCGAGCUACCUAAACUGGAAAAACGAUUGCGGGCGACGAUGGAGCGCGUCAAAGCUCUGGAGACGGCGCUGCGCGACGCCAAGGAGGGCGCGAUGCGAGAUCGCAAGCGCUAUCAGUACGAGGUAGACCGGAUUAAGGAGGCAGUCCGGCAGAAGAAUCUGGCGCGACGCGGGCCGAGCGCACAAAUCGCGAAACCGAUUCGGGCGGGCCAGCACCACCUGAGUAACGUCAACGCCAUUAGAACCGGCAAUCGUGAUAUGGGUAACAGCGUACAGUGAUCGUGAUCGCAUAAUGCCAAAAUACCCUUCACUUUUACAGAAAACGAAUGCAAGAACGCUUUCAUCGAUGAAAACAAAAGAAUUCCAGCGGCUCUUAUGUAUAACGGAUAUGCAUAAAUGUUAUAUUAUUAUUAUUAUAAAGUAAGGGCAUAGUACUAUAUUAUCCGCAAGGAGAGAGCACCGCCAGUUCUUUUAAUUGUUUCUGUCCUCUUUUUCUCAGAGCAAGCAUGUGCUUAGGUAUAUAUGUAUAAGUGCAUUAAAUUAUAUACAAUAUGUACAUAUAUAUGACACAUAUAUAUAACACAUAUGUGACAUAUAUAUUUAUAUAUAUAUGUGUGUAUGUGUGUGUGUAUGUAUGUCAUACGCGCUGCAUGUCCUGUCGAUGUAAAUAGUUAAUUUUUAUAAAUUAUUUAAGUUAAUGUCAUAUAUACACACAUAUAUAUAUAUGUGUGUGUGUGUGUGUGUGUGUAUGUGUGUGUAUAUAUAUAUGUAUAUGAUAAUUCGAUAAUAGAUAUUAAUAUGUACGUCUAAAUCGAACGAAUUACACGGGGAAGCCUCUCGCUACUCUCGCGGAAUAAUUUAGUGUUUUCUAUUUAAAUCACACUCAGUCUAAAAAUUGAAUCAAGAGAAAAUCGAGAAAAAUUCUUGCCACAAAUCUUACGAGUUCGUAGCGAGGAUCGCAUGGUCACAUCAACCAGGAUCCUCGAAGAUCUUUGGUAAGAGGCAACAAAGACUUAACGCGUUUAGUUCGGGUUCUAACUAAUUCACUAAUCGAUAAGGCGAUCGGACAUGCGGCUUUGAGCGAGUGCAAGGGCGGUGGCACACGGAAAGACUUAAGCAGUAAAACUUGAGCAGUGAACCAAUCAUAGAACUUAAGGCUUAAUACAAGCGGUAGCAAAUCCUGUUAAUUUCUUAAAGUUGACUGCUUAAGGUUUUUUUGCGUGUCAUAAUCCUAAAAAUGAUCGCGGCUUACACAAGUAUUUGUAAUCAUAAGAAAUCUCUCUGCUAGCUGAUAAGGAAUACCUCGCGAUAAAAGCGCACGGCAACAACUCGUGUUCACUUGUCGCUAGAACUCGCGAUCGUGGACAGCAACUCGGAUAAUGAUUGCUGUUACAAAAUGUACGCCUUAAAUGAUCCUUGAACGCUCAUUAUUGAUUGUCUGGACAUUAUAUUAUACAAUAUAUUCUAUAAUUUAUUUCCACUAAAUCUUGAUUUGCUCCAGUGAUCAGACCUUGAUCAAUUCUUGUCAUAUAUUUCGUCGAACAUAAUCACUGCAUAUUUCUGACAAUUAGAUAAGAUCAGAUAAACUCAUAAUAAAUAUUCAGUAAACAACUGUCUUUAUAUUAACACGAUCUUAAAAUUUUUGUUUGAAUUUUACCCAUAUUGUGCCAUUAGAUUCUAAAGAUAAUUUAUGCUAUAAUUAUUCUUAAACAAUUCAGUAGAUAUAGAUGCUUUUUUAUAUUAACGUUCAUUUUCAGAGUCAAGAUAGAACGCGUGAUCAUUCAGGUUUAAUUAAUUAGCAUUAAUUUUGACGUGAUCUAUUAAUGCUAAAAAUGACCAUUGAAGCUAAUAAAUUAUAUAUUUUUUAAUAGUACCUACAGACAGCCUAAUAUUUUACAAAUUGCACAAUAUAUUUCAAAGAAUUUUGAAUCAUACAAUAUAUUGCACAAAUCUUCAAUAUAUCCUCCAGACUAUCAAUAAUAUGGAAUAAUAAUAUUGAGCGUUUAAAAGCCGCUUUAGUAUCGGCACAAAUCGAAAGUGAAAUCAAUAAGGGUCUACAGAAAAAAGAUAAGAAAACAUACAAGAAAAAGAGAAUAAGAGAAGAAAUAAAUGAAUGUAUAUCGGUUAGACUCUGAAGGUCUAUAGACCCUUCAGUCUGACCGAUAUAUAUUCAUUUAUUCCUUCUCUUAUUCUCUUCCUCUUGUAUGUUUUCUUAUCUUUUGGGGGGAAUUGAAAAAAUAUGAAAAUCAAUAAAAACUGGCUGUCUUAUGACCAAACUUUGAUUAUACAAUUUUUAUCAGAAAGAGGAAUUUUGCUGAAGUACCUGAAAAUUUUGACAGAUACAAAAAAUAAUUUUGUUGGCUAAUCAAAAUUAUGAAGAACGCUCGAACAUGAUGAACAAUGUUGCAGAAAGUUUUGACAUUCUAGCCAUCAAGUUCAAGGUUCUACACAAUUUUUAUAACUCAACAAAAUUUUCAAAUCUGCUAAAUUUUUAAAUACUUUAGUAAAACUAUUUUUUCCGUAUAGUUUUGUCUAAGCAUGAAGGAUAACAAUUCGGUCAGAGUUCUAGCGUCAUGGACUCGAGUUCGAGGUCCCUCCAGCGCGCAUUCUUGCCGGAAGGCACGCUUGAUCCGCAGGCAAGCGAGGAAUUGCCUUUCCAAAGCUCUCAGCGCGUCACGGCGACCAGCCCACGCUCGGUUCUUAUCAGAGCGAGGAAAAUUCAGAACGAGGAUCUAUUCCGCAGGACAGGAAAGUAGAGCGAUUUGUACCGACUAUCGACGGCUAUCAUGCGUACAGUUCAUCGACCGACGUUUCUCUCGCGUGCGUCUAAUUUAGAUUAAUUUAUCCCCGACACGCUCCUUUUGCUGCUCCUCUGGCGACCAUCAAGUGACGAGAAGAAGCCCCAGCCUUCCGGAAUCCGGCAAACCUCUCGGAUUUUCUUCUUUCUCGCUUCUUCCGAUUAUGAGCAAGCGAUGAAACCCAGUGUGAAAUCUGCUUAUCGCGCGUCCCGAAAGGAAAGAAGAGGAAGAAAGGAAACACUCUCGUCGGAGUUUCGUGCUCGCGCAUUUUUCAUUUGCGGCGUCAUCAUUAAUUCUUUUCGAGAGAUCCUCGCUACUUUGUUUUGUUUUUUAUUAAAUCCAGAUCAGUUCUCACGAUCGCGUUGUUUUGUAUCAUGUUAUUUUCUACGCUCUUUUUUCCGCCCACGAUUUUACACACGAAAUAAUGUAUACGUCUUUUUGUAAAUCUGUUUUAUAAGACUUCUCUAUGUAUGAUCACGCGCUCUCGAGAUAGCCGUAUCGUUACUAAUUUAUAAAUCGCGAUAAGAUAAUUACGAAUCGCCCCGAAUACUGGCAAAUGGCCCGCGGGCGGACGCUAAACGAUGGCCUUUCGCGGCGCUCAUGCAUUUCCUCGUUAUUUCGCGAUAUACACAUUUCCUAUGAUGUAAUCCUACGUAAUAAUUUCGAGCCUCCUCGGACGCGGAGAUUCUCAGAGCCGAAAAACUAAACUGAGAACGCUCGCGGGAUUUAUUUAACAAUAAUGGGUGCAUUUGCACCUUUGCCUGGCAGCUUUUGCGUGAUGCGUGGUGCGAGGAAGCGAGGUGUAAUAAUGUAAACGCGAGAAGUAUAUUCGACUAAUACUUGUAUUCUUUUCUAUCAUAUACAUCAUCCAGGUUCUCUUUUAACUUUUGUGAUAUGUAAUUGUAUCGAGAAAGUUGCGUUCUUUUCCCGCCCUCCCCCCCCCCCUCUUCGCUCAUAUGUGGGAUGUGGGCGAAGACGGCCGACAAGUGUGUGGUGCAUUAAUGCGAGUGCAAUUAUCGUUAAACUAUUUUUGUCGGGUAUAUGUAAAUAUACGAAUUAUAUAUAAAUAAAUAUAUAUAUAUAUAUACAUGUAAUAUGUCACACGUUAGAAUUUCGUGAACGGAAUAUAGAGAGGAGAGGGUGUACGUUCGCCCUCCAUUGCGAAAGAAGAAAGGCAAGCAUGCGUUCUAUGCACGAUUGUAUUUAUCGCAGAUAUAACAUAAUACACACAUACAUCUGUAACGUUAAUGUUUCUCUCUCUUUUACGUGCGUCCCCCUCCCCCUUUAGACACCGAUAAAUGUAUUUCUCUCCCCCCCUCCCCUCCUUUCCAAUCGUGUUGCGCUGAAAACUGUAAUCCGCGAAUUUUUUUUCCUACCGAUUAAUACAAUUAAUCGUCGUCUUCGACAAGACUGUUGUAAUUCGCGACCGUCGAGAUUUAACCCCCUUUUCUCUCCCUUUUCCCUUUCGCGACAUAAUUAAGCUAAAAACUAAAAAGAGAGAUUAAGUAAGAAGAAAAUCAUGUAAGAAAUCGCUAUACCGAUCUUUGUGAUAGGCGAUAACAAUCCCACAUAAGCGCAACAGCAACGAUUCUUAUUAUUAAUGAUGUAUGUAUAAUGUAUCGAGUAACGUUCGCCGACAUGCGUGGGGAAGACACAGAAAGUUAUUGGUAUAUAUUAUUUUCGUAACGUCUCCGGCAUGUGUCUGAGUAAAGGAAGAAAAAAAAGAGCAAAAAUAACAAUACACUACACACACUUAUUCGCAAUUAAGUAGGCGAGAUUAUAACGAUUUAUGUGCACGCAGCCAUCCAGUCAGUCACUGUUAAAGAGGAGGUCGAUCUACAAUUUAGUUAAGUCUCUUCGUCUCGACGAUGAGUGAGGCGCAUUUUUCGUUUCCUUUAUCCCGAAAGGAAGCAGGAAAAAAGGAUCCUCUCUCCGUUCCAUUAUUUCGAGAGAUCCGAUCUCAGAGAGAAUUUUAGCGAGAACAGAAUGUGAUAGUAAAGUUCUCUGAUGAUUCACGUAAUGCAAUUUUUGUGUAACGAUCUUAUCUUUUUUUUCCCAUCGUGCGAGAUGUUUUGUUUUUCUGCGAGAUCGAGUUCAGAUCUACCUCAUCUGAAACAGCAAAGUAGCGAAAGCGAGAUAUAAAAAGAAAACGCGAAAAAAAGAAACGCAUAGCUGCAAUUCUAAACAAUUUUUUCCUAGACUUAGAUUGUAGUAAAAUUUGUAUGCAGGGUGUAGAAGAGAGGCUGUAGCUACAAGGUACUAUAUAAAUUGUAAUACAAUAUUCUUCUUGGAUUAAAGCUGUAAUUUUAAGAUAUCGUUAUAUUAUCAUUAUUCGAUUAUUGAAACAAGACGCAGUGCUUAUAUUGAAAGAAUAAGAAAGGAAAAUCACACGAUUGUAUUUCACUUAUUUAUUUAUUGUUGCACCGCAUAUUGUCCCGGCGAAGUAAUCUCCGAAAGAAAUAUAUUUAUAAGGUAACAUAAUAAAAAAAUAUAUUAUACAUACAAAUA